AUGGCUUCAUCAUCUGGAACUAAAAAGGUGAAAGGGCCUGAAAAGGGUCUACUACAAGAUGUUACAGAACUACUUCCAUAUGUUGAACAUAGACAAUGUGUCAGGCACAUCUAUGGAAACUUCAGGAAGAAAUACACUGGGUUAGAGGUCAAGAACCUAUUUUGGGAAGCUGCUAAAAGUACUGUGGAGGGGAACUUUAUAGCAACAAUGAAGAAAAUCAAAGACAUAACUCCCAGUGGCUAUGAAUGGUUGAUGUCAAACAAACAAUAUUCUUGGUCUAGGGCAUUUUUCUCUCAUGGAUAUGCUUGUGAGGCUAUAGAGAAUGGCAUAUUAGAGUGUUUUAAAGCUGUUGAGGGCACAUCAAAAGAAGCAAGUGAGGGAAAUAUGAAAGCUGUUGAGGGUACAUCAAAAGAAGCAGGUAAGAUGAUAGAUAUUGAUCAGCCAAUUUCUCCUUUGAAGAGAAUGAAGAUGAUGGCAAGGAGGGGAGGUAAGAUCAAAUAUGUAAGGAGAAUAAGAGUUGUGCAUGGUAGUAUAAGUCAAAAUGUGGCAAGUGUUGAUGAAGCUGUACUUACCUGCCAUGAAAAGCUUGACCAUGAAGAUUUUGAAACUAUUAAAGAUCUGCAGGCAUCUGGAUAUGAUCAUGGGGAAAUUGAUGAAGCUUUUAAUAAGUUGAAAAAAGAGAGGAAGGAGAGGUUGGUUGAGAGUAUAGUUGAUGAAGAGACCAGUCAAGAAAUACAAGAUCCGUUGGUAAGAAAAAGGAAGCCAUCAGAAAGAAUUAUCAAGAUUAAGUUGAAUAAAGCAGUUCAUGAUCCAGAUGGAGGUGGUUCAACAACUGAGAAAGCACUUACAUUGGACUGA